AUGAAGGUUCUCGUCCUCGGGAUGCCCCGCACGGGCACCCAAUGUGUGUCAUUCCCCCUGAAAGCCAAGGAAACCGGGGCUCACAAUUACACCCAAGCCAUCGCGGAUGCACUCCAGUUGCUCGGCAUAGCUCCCGUAUACCACAUGCGGGAAGUCGGCAAGAACAACCAUCAGGAUCUGUGGGUCGAAGCUCUAGACGCCAAAUUCGAAGGCAAAGGGGAGCCCUUCGACCGGGAGAGAUUCGACCAAAUACUGGGCAAGUACGAGAUCAGCUCGCCCUCCUCCUUUUCCACGUUUUCCCAGAGCCCAAGGGCCCCUUCCUAUCCCGCUCUCGCCGACUACCCAGCCGCCAUCUUCGCCCGCGACCUGACCGCCGCGUACCCCGAGGCCGCCAUCAUCCUCUCCACGCGGCCCGAGGACGCGUGGAUGGCGUCGAUGGAGGGCACGAUCUGGCACAGCUACACGUACCAGAAGACGCGGCCCAACCCGAACACGUCGCUCCUGGCGCCCAUGGCGGACCGGUACCACCGGCACUGCUGGGGGAACGACCUGCCGACGCAUGGGCGGCGGGCGUUUCGGGAGCAUGAUGAGGGUGUGCGCGAGGCUGCUGCGGCUGCGGGUGGGGAAGGGGGAGGGAGGAGGAGGAGGUUUCUGGAGUAUGAUGCUGGGAGCGGGUGGGGGCCUAUUUGUGAGUUUCUGGGGGUGGAUGUGCCGGAGAUGGAGUUCCCGCGGAGUGAUGAUUGGGUUGGGUAUAAGAGGAUAGUGGAGGCGGAGAGGAAGGCAGAGGAGGAGGCGUAG